UGCCUGAAUGAAGCAGUCCAGCUGUUCCCUUCCUGCAGGAGGAGAUUGAGUUUCACGCGCCGCGUGAGCUGCAACUUCGCGACUCCGCUCGGAGCGUGGCCGGGGGCCACGCAGUCCUCUGCCCGCGCGGAUGGGCGGAAAGCCCCUCCAAGGCUGACCCGGGCAGGCGCUCCGCUUUCCCUGCCCAGCUUGGCACGGCCAGUCGCAGAGGCUGGAGGGAGAAAAGCCGUGGGAUUGGCAUGCGUGGUCCUUUUUCACUCCAGAGCAACUUUUGGGAUCUUGUGUUGGCCUGUUCGUUGCUUCUGGCAGACAACUAAGACCAGAGGACACUGAGGCUGAUGGAGAGGCUGAUGCGGAAGAUGAUUCUGUUGAUGAAGUGACAACUGAAAAUAUACGGCCAAGACCACAAGGAUCCUCUCCAGUUUACGAGUACUGCAUAGAAGACGAGUAUUUUAACAAAAAGCUUCAGCAGGAUAUAGAGAACAGACAAAGAAGGGAUUCUUCUAUCAAAAUGAGUGAUUCACAGGAGCCUAUGGAGGUGACCUUGCAAACUGAAGUGGAAUCUGGCGCAAGCGGAUUUAGUGUGACUGGUGGAGGAGCUGAAGGAAUAUUUGUGAAACAAGUGCUCAAGGAGUCCCCAGCAUCAAAGUUAUUCAAUCUGAGAGAAGGUGAUCAGCUUCUGAGUGCCACAGUCUUUUUUGACAAUAUCAAAUAUGAAGAUGCACUGAAGAUUCUGCAGUAUUCUGAACCAUACAAAGUACAGUUCAACCUUAAAAGAAAACUCACUGAGAAGGAAGAGGUGGAAAAAAUACUUUCUGCAACACAGUCCAAAAAGGAAAAAUGGAGCCAGGGAAAAGAAAUUCUGGAAAUAUCAGAGAAGACUAUCUCAGAAGAAGACAAAGCAAACUUAAUUGUAAAGCAAAGAGUUGGGCGACCAAAAAGAACCAAGAAGGACAGACUCUCCUGGCCAAAAUUUCAGUCAAUAAAAGGAAAAACUAUUUUGGGACAUAGGCGAUCUCGAAGCACUUCAGAUGCAUAUGAGCAAGCCAUUCCAGAUGUUUCUCCAACAAGCACAGACACUGAAUCACAAUUUCAACCAGAAGAAAUGCAUGUGAAGGCUAAAAAAGGAAGUCAAAAGAAAUUAAAAUUCCCCAGUAUUGGAUUCAAGAUGCAUAAAAAUAGACAAGAAACAGAGGGAAGGAUAAAAUAUGAUGUAAAACCUCUCACAAAGUAUGAAAAUGACACUACCCAUGAAAUUCCAGAACUGAUCGAAGUAGCAUAUGCUACUUCGUGGGAUAAAGACAAAAAAGAUAUAAGUGAAACAAAAUUAGAACAUCCAGAACUUAUGAAAAAAUGUCCUGAAGUUGAACUGACUAUUAAAAAAACCAAGAAGGAAAAAUCCAAACAAACAACUACAAAACCAGAAACUACAAUUGUGACCUCACAGAUAGGAACAUCACAAGCAUUUCCAAAGAUACGAAAAAAGAAACAGAAGGCAUCAAAAGAAAAAUUACAAUUGGAAAUAAAAUCAGAGAAUGAAAACAAAGAAAAUGAAAUAAAAAGUGAACUAAAAGAUGUAAUAACACACAUAAAAGAAGACAUAAAUGUCACGGUACAUGCAAUUGAUGCAUCAAUACCGACAACACAGGUUUCACUGGAAAUGAAAGAACCACACCAAGGUAUAGAGGCCCGUACAACUGAGACUGUUCAGAAUGGGGGAGAAUUCAAGCUGGAAGGAGUGGAAAGCAAAUUCAAAAUGCCAAAGUUCCAGAUGCCCAAGUUUGGAAUUUCACUUCCCAAAGGGAAAGGUGCUGCAGAAGGUGAAAUCACUGUACCCUCCAUGGAAGGAGAGCUAACUAAGCCAGAACUGAAGGACGAAGUGGCGCUGCCUUCUGUCGCUCUUGAUGCAGACGGCACGGUUCCAGCAGUUGAGACUGAGGGACUAAUUGUGGAAGUGGGCAUGGCUGACAAGGGCACGAUGAAAAUGCCUGAUCAUAAGAUGCCAACUGGGAAAGUCCCCAAACUGAAACCUCCACAAGUGGGCAUCUCCCUGCCAAAGGUGGAAGCAGAUGUCUCCCUGCCACAGGGAAAAAUAGAAGUGCCAGAGCAGGACGUCUCCUUCAAGGCGCCGGAGGCAGAAGGCAGCAUUGAGGGCACCGGAAUGAAAAUCCACAUGCCCAAGUUCAAGAUGCCCAGCAUGCGGUUCUCCAAACCCGAAAUCAAAGGGCCCAAGGUGGAUGUUGAUGUCAGUCUCCCUAAAGUGGAUGCCUCUCUUCCGACAGUCGAUGUCAGAAUUACAAAGCCCGAACUGAAAACAGAGGACAUUGCAGCUGGAGUGGGCCUCUCUGCACCUGACAUUCGGGUGCCAACAGGACAGGCCCCCGUGGAAUUCACAGCUCCAGAACGACAUGUGGAGGGGCCGUCCACUGAGAUUGCUCUGGACACAGACAAGGUGAAGCUCGAAGGCAUGGACAGCAAGUUCAAGAUGCCAAAGUUCCACAUGCCCAAGUUUGGAGUUUCACUUCCCAAAGGGAAAGCAGCUGCAGAAGGGGAAAUCACCCUACCUUCCGUGGAAGCAAGGCUCCCUAAGCCAGAACUGAAGGCUGAAGUGGUGCUGCCCUCUGUCGCCGUUGAUGCAGAUGGCACAGUUCCAGCAGUUGAGAUUGAGGCACCAAGUGUGGAAGUUGGCGUGGCUGACAAGGGCAAGGUGAAAAUGCCUGAUCUUAAGAUGCCGAGUGUGAAAGUCCCGGAACUGAAGACUCCUCAAGUGGGCGUCACCAUGCCAAAGGUGGAAGCAGAUGUCUCCAUGCCAAAGGGAAAAAUAGAAGUUCCAGAGGUAGACGUCUCCAUCAAGGUGCCUGAGACAGAAGGCAGCAUCGAGGGCGCAGGACUGAAAUUCCACAUGCCGAAGUUCAAGAUGCCCAGCAUGGGUGUCUCCAAACCCGAAAUCAAAGGGCCCAAGGUGGAUGUCGACCUCAGUCUCCCUAAAGUGGAUGCCUCUCUUCCGGCAGUCGAUGUCAGCAUGACACAGCCCAAACUGAAAACAGCAGGGAUCGGCCUCUCCGCACCUGACAUUCAGGUGCCAACGGGACAGGCUUCCGUGGAAUUAACAGCUCCAGAAGUACACGUGGAGGGUCCGUCUGCGGAGAUUGCUCUGGACACAGACAAGGUGAAGCUCGAAGGCAUGGACAGCAAGUUCAAGAUGCCAAAGUUCCACAUGCCCAAGUUUGGAAUUUCACUUCCCAAAGGGAAAGCAGCUGCAGAAGGUGAAAUCACCCUACCUUCUGUGGAAGCUGAGCUCCCUAAGCCAGAAAUUAAGGCUGAAGUGGUGCUGCCCUCUGUCGCUGUUGAUGCAGACAUCCCGGUUCCAGCAGUUGAGAUUGAGGCACCAAGUGUGGAAGUUGGCGUGGCUGACAAGGGCAAGGUGAAAAUGCCUGAUCUUAAGAUGCCGAGUGUGAAAGUCCCGGAACUGAAGACUCCUCAAGUGGGCGUCACCAUGCCAAAGGUGGAAGCAGAUGUCUCCAUGCCAAAGGGAAAAAUAGAAGUUCCAGAGGGAGACAUCUCCGUCAAGGUGCCUGAAGCAGAAGGCAGACCUGAGGGCACCGGAAUGAAAUUCCACAUGCCGAAGUUCAAGAUGCCCAGCAUGGGUGUCUCCAAACCUGAAAUCAAAGGGACCAAAGUGGACGUCGACCUCGGUCUCCCUAAAGUGGAUGCCUCCCUUCGAACAGUCGAUGUCAGCAUAACAAAGCCUGAACUGAAAACAAGUGACCUUGAAGCCGGGAUCGGCCUUUCUGCACCUGACAUUCAGGUGCCAACAGGACAAGCUUCUGUAGACAUAACAGCUCCGGAACUACACGUGGAGGUGCCGUCCGCUGAAAUUGCUCUGGACACAGAAAAGGUGAAGCUCGAGGGCAUGGACAGCAAGUUCAAGAUGCCAAAACUCCACAUGCCCAAGUUUGGAGUUUCACUUCCCAAAGGGAAAGCAACUGCAGAAGGUGAAAUCACCCUACCCUCCGUGGAAGGUGAGCUCCCUAUGCCAGAACUGAAGGCUGAAGUGGUGCUGCCCUCUGUAGCCGUUGAUGCGGACAUCCCGGUUCCAGCAGUUGAGAUUGAGGCACCGACUGUGGAAGUUGGCGUGGCUGACAAGGGCAAGGUGAAAAUGCCUGAUCUUAAGAUGCCAAGUGUGAAAGUCCCCAAACUGAAGACUCCUCAAGUGGGCGUCUCCCUGCCAAAGGUGGAAGCAGAUGUCUCCCUGCCAAGAGGAAAAAUAGAAGUGCCUGAUGUGGAUAUCUCGGUCAAGACCCCUGAGGCAGAAAGCAGCAUCGAGGGGACAAGAAUGAAAGUCCACAUGCCCAAGUUCAAGAAGCCCAGCAUGGGGGUCUCCAAACCCGAAAUCAAAGGGCCCAAGGUGGAACUCGACGUCAUUCUCCCUAAAGUGGAUGCCUCUCUUCCAACAGUUGAUGGCAGCAUAACAAAGCCCGAACUGAAAACAAGUGGCCUUGAAGCCGGGAUCGGCCUUUCUGCACCUGACAUUGAGGUGCCAACAGGACAGGUGUCCGUGGAGGUCUCAGCUCCAGAACUACACAUGGAUGUGCCAUCUGCUGAGAUUGCUCUGGACACAGACAAGGUGAAGCUCGAGGGCACGGAUGGCAAACUCAAGAUGCCAAAGCUCCACAUGCCCAGGUUUGGAGUUUCACUUCCCAAAGGGAAAGCACCUGCAGAAGGUGAAAUCACCCUACCUUCAGUGCAAGCUGAGCUCCCUAAGCCGGAACUUAAGGCCGGAAUGGCACUGCCAUCUGUCACCGUUGAUGCAGACAUCCCGGUCCCAGCAGUUGAGACUGAGGCACCAAGUGUGGAAGUUGGUGUGGCUGACAAGGGCAAGGUAAAAAAGCCUGAUCUUAAGAUGCCAAGUGUGAAAGUCCCGAAACUGAAGACGCCUCAAGUCCACAUCACCAUGCCAAAGGUGGAAGCAGAUGUCUCCAUGCCAAAAGGAAAAAUAGAAGUUCCAGAGGUUGACGUCUCCGUCAAGGUGCCUGAGGCAGAAGGCAGCAUCGAGGGCACCGAAAUGAAAGUCCACAUGCCCAAAUUCAAGAUGCCCAGCAUGGGUUUCUCCAAACCUGAAAUCAAAGGGCCCAAGGUGGAUGUCGCCGUCAGUCUCCCUAAAAUGGAUGCCUCUCUUCCAACAGUUGAUGUCAGUAUUACAAAGCCCGAACUGAAAACAGGUGACCUUGCAGCUGGGAUCGGCCUUUCUGCACCUGACAUUCAGGUGCCAACAGGACAGGCAUCCGUGGAGGUCUCAGCUCCAGAACUUCACAUUGAUGUGCCAUCUGCUGAGAUUGCUCUGGACACAGACAAGGUGAAGCUCGAGGGCAUGGAUGGCAAACUCAAGAUGCCAAAGCUCCACAUGCCCAAGUUUGGAGUUUCACUUCCCAAAGGGAAAGCAGCUGCAGAAGGUGAAAUCACUCUACCUUCCUUGGAAUCUGAGCUCCCUACGCCGGCACUGAAGGCUGGAAUGGCACUGCCAUCUGUUACCGUUGAUGCAGACAUCCCGCUUCCAGCAGUUGAGAUUGAGGGACCGAGUUUGGAAGUUGGCAUGGCUGACAAGGGCAAGGUGAAAAUGCCUGAUCUUAAGAUGCCAAGUGUGAAAGUCCCCAAACUGAAGACACCUCAACUGGGCGUCUCCCUGCCAAAGGUUGAAACAGAUGUCUCACAGUCAAAGGGAAAAAUAGAAGUUCCAGAUGUGGACGUCUCCAUCAAGGCCCCUGGGGCAGAUGGCAGCAUUGAGGGAGGUGGAAUGAAAAUCCAUAUGCCCAAGUUUAAGAUGCCCAGCAUGGGUGUCUCCAAACCCGAAAUGAAAGGCCCCAAGGUGGAUGUCGCCGUCAGUCUCCCUAAAGUGGAUGCCUCUCUUCGAACAGGCGAUCUUAGCAUUACAAAGCCCGAACUGAAAACAGACGGUAUUGGCCUUUCCGCUCCGGACAUUCAGGUGCCAACAGGACAAGCUUCGUUGGAAUUAACAGCUCCGGAACUACACAUGGAGGUGCCAUCGGCUGAGAUUGCUCUGGACACAGAUAAGGUAAAAUACAAGGGCAUGGAUAGCAAGUUCAAAAUGCCAAAGCUCCACAUGCCCAAGUUUGGAGUUUCACUUCCCAAAGGGAAAGCAGCUGCAGAAGGUGAAGUCACACUACCUUCCAUGGAAGCUGUGCUCCAUAAGCCGGAAUUGAAGGCCGGAAUGGCACUGCCAUCUGUCACCUUUGAUGCAGACAUCCCAGUUCCAGCAGUUGAGAUUGAGGCACCGAGUGUGGAAGUCGGCAUGGCUGACAAGGGCAAGGUGAAAAUGCCUGAUCUUAAGAUGCCAAGUGUGAAAGUCCCCAAGCUGAAGACUCCUCAAGUGGGCGUCUCCCUGCCAAAGGUGGAAACAGAUGUCUCCCUGCCAAAAGGAAAAUUAGAAGUUCCUGAUGUGGACAUUUCGGUCAAGAUGCCUGAGGCAGAAGGCAGCAUUGAGGGCACGGGAAUGAAAUUCCACAUGCCCAAGUUCAAGAUGCCCAGCAUGGGUGUUUCCACACCCGAAAUCAAAGGGCCCAAGGUGGAACUCGAUGUCAGUCUCCCUAAAGUGGAUUCCUCCAUUCCGACAGUUGAUGUCAGCAUUACAAAGCCAGAACUGAAAACAGGUGACCUUGCAGCCGGUAUCGGCCUCCCCACACCAGACAUUCAGAUGCCAACAGGACAGGCCUACAUGGAGGACUCAGCUCCAGAAGUACACGUGCAGGGGCCGUCUGCGGAGAUUGCCCUGGACACAGACAAGGUUAAGGUCGAAGGCAUGGACAGCAAGUUCAAGAUGCCAAAGUUCCACAUGCCCAAGUUUGGAGUUUCACUUCCCAAAGGGAAAGCACCUGCAGAAGGUGAAAUCACCCUACCUUCUGUGGAAGCUGAACUCCCUAAGCCAGAACUGAAGGCUGAAGUGGUGCUGCCCUCUGUCGCUGUUGAUGCAGACAUCCCGGUUCCAGCAGUUGAGAUUGAGGGACCGAGUGUGGAAGUUGGCGUGGCUGACAAGGGCAAGGUGAAAAUGCCUGAUGUUAAGAUGCCAAGUGUGAAAGUCCUCAAACUGAAGACUCCUCAAGUGGGCGUCACCAUGCCAAAGGUGGAAGCAGAUGUCUCCAUGCCAAAAGGUAAAAUAGAAGUUCCAGACGUAGACGUCUCCGUAAAGGUGCCUGAAGCAGAAGGCAGCAUUGAGGGUACCGGAAUGAAAUUCCACAUGCCGAAGUUCAAGAUGCCCAGCAUGGGUGUCUCCAAACCUGAAAUCAAAGGGCCCAAGGUAGACGUUGACCUCGGUCUUCCUGAAAUGGAUGCCUCUCUUCCAACCGUAGAUGUCAGUAUUACAAAGCCCGAACUGAAAACAGGUGACCUGGCAGCUGGGAUCAGCCUCUCCACACCAGACAUUCAGAUGCCCACAGGACAUGUUUCUGUGGAAUCAACAGCUCCAGAACUACACAUGGAUGUUUCAUCUGCUGAGAUUGCUCUGGACUCAGACAAGGUGAAGCUCAAGGGGAUGGACAGCAAACUCAAGAUGCCAAAGGUCCACGUACCCAAGUUUGGAGUUUUACUUCCCAAAGGAAAAGCAGCUGCAGAAGGGGAAGUCACCCUACCUUCUGUUGAAGGAGAGCUCCCUAUGCCGGAACUGAAGGCUGAAAUGGCACUGCCAACUGUCACCGUUGAUGCAGACAUCCCAGUUCCUGCAGUUCAGAUUGAGGGACCGAGUGUGGAAGUUGGUGUGGCUGACAAGGGCAAGGUAAAAAAGCCUGAUCUUAAGAUGCCAAGUGUGAAAGUCCCGAAACUGAAGACUUCUCAAGUGGGCGUCACCAUGCCAAAGGUGGAAGCAGAUGUCUCCAUGCCAAAAGGAAAAAUAGAAGUGCCAGAGGUGGACGUCUCUGUCAAGGCGCGGGAGGCAGAAGGCAGCAUUGAUGGCACUGGAAUGAAAAUCCACAUGCCCAAGUUUAAGAUGCCCAGCAUGGGUGUCUCCAAACCUGAAAUCAAAGGCCCCAAGGUGGACGUCGACCUCAGCAUCCCUAAAGUGGAUGCCUCUCUUCGAAAAGUCGAUCUCAGCAUUACAAAGCCCGAACUGAAAACAGCUGGGAUCGGCCUUUCCGCCCCUGACAUUCAGGUGCCAACAGGACAAGCUUCGUUGGAAUUAAGAGCUCCAGAAGGACACAUGGAGGUGCCAUCUGCUGAGAUUGCUCUGGACAAAGAUAAGGAAAAACUGAAGGGCAUGGAUGGCAAACUCAAGAUGCCAAAGCUCCACAUGCCCAAGUUUGGAGUUUCACUUCCCAAAGGGAAAGCAGCUGCAGAAGGUGAAGUCACACUACCUUCCAUGGAAGCUGAGCUCCAUAAGCCGGAACUGAAGGCCGGAAUGGCACUGCCAUCUGUCACCGUUGAUGCAGACAUCCCGCUCCCAGUAGUUGAGAUUGAGGCACCGAGUGUGGAAGUCGGCAUGGCUGACAAGGGCAAGGUGAAAAUGCCUGAUCUUAAGAUGCCAAGUGUGAAAGUCCCCAAGCUGAAGACUCCUCAAGUGGGCGUCUCCCUGCCAAAGGUGGAAGCAGAUGUCUCCCUGCCAAAAGGAAAAAUAGAAGUUCCUGAUGUGGACAUUUCGGUCAAGAUGCCUGAGGCAGAAGGCAGCAUUGAGGGCACGGGAAUGAAAUUCCACAUGCCCAAGUUCAAGAUGCCCAGCAUGGGUGUUUCCACACCCGAAAUCAAAGGGCCCAAGGUGGAACUCGAUGUCAGUCUCCCUAAAGUGGAUGCCUCCCUUCCGACAGUUGAAGUCAGCAUUACAAAGCCCGAACUGAAAAGAGGUGACCUUGCAGCCGGUAUCGGCCUCACCGCACCAGACAUUCAGAUGCCCACAGGACAGGCCUCCGUGGAAGUCUCAGCCACAGAACUGCACGUGGAGGGGCCAUCCACUGAGAUUGCUCUGGACACAGACAAGGUGAUGGUCGAGGGCAUGGACAGCAAGUUCAAGAUGCCAAAGUUCCAUAUGCCCAAAUUUGGAGUUUCACUUCCCAAAGGGAAAGCACCUGCAGAAGGUGAAAUCACCCCACAUUCAGUGCAAGCUGAGCUCCCUAAGCCAGAACUGAAGGCUGAAGUGGUGCUGCCCUCUGUUGCCGUUGAUGCAGACAUCCCGGUUCCAGCAGUUGAGAUUGAGGGACCAAGUGUGGAAGUCAGCGUGGCUGACAAGGGCAAGGUGAAAAUGCCUGAUCUUAAGAAGCCAAGUGUGAAAGCCCCCAAACUGAAGACGCCUCAUGUCCGCGUCACCAUGCCAAAGGUGGAAGCAGAUGUCUCCGUGCCAAAGGGAAAAAUAGAAGUUCCAGAGGUAGACGCCUCCGUCAAGGUGCCUGAAGCUGAAGGCAGCACUGAGGGCACCGGAAUGAAAUUCCACAUGCCGAAGUUCAAGAUGCCCAGCAUGGGUGUCUCCAAACCUGAAAUCAAAGGGCCCAAGGUGGAUGUCGCCGUCAGUCUCCCUAAAGUGGAUGCCUCUCUUCCAACAGUUGAUGUCAGCAUUACAAAGCCCGAACUGAAAGCACCCGGGAUUGGCCUCUCCGCACCUGAAAUUCAGGUGCCCACAGGGCAGGCCCCCAUGGAAGUUUCAGCUCCAGAACUGCACAUGGAGGGGCCGUCCGCUGAGAUUGCUGUGGACACAGAAAAGGUGAAGCUCGAAGGCAUGGACAGCAAGUUCAAGAUGCCAAAGUUCCACAUGCCCAAGUUUGGAGUUUCACUUCCCAAAGGGAAAGCAGCUGCAGAAGGGGAAAUCACCCUACCUUCAGUGCAAGCUGAGCUCCCUAAGCCAGAAAUGAAAGCUGAAAUUGUGCUGCCCUCUGUAGCCGUUGAUGCGGACAUCCCGGUUCCAGCAGUUGAGAUUGAGGGACCGAGUUUGGAAGUUGGCGUGUCUGACGAGGGCAAGGUGAAAAUGCCUCAUCUCAAGAUGCCAAGUGUGAAAGUCCCCAAACUGAAGACUCCUCAAGUGGGCGUCACCAUGCCAACGAUGGAAGCAGAUGUCUCCAUGCCAAAGGGAAAAAUAGACGUUCCAGAGGUAGACGUCUCCGUCAAGGUGCCUGAGGCAGAAGGCAGCAUCGAGGGCACUGAAAUGAAAGUCCACAUGCCCAAGUUCAAGAUGCCCAGCAUGGGUUUCUCCAAACCUGAAAUCAAAGGGCCCAAGGUGGAUGUCGCCGUCAGUCUCCCUAAAGUGGAUGCCUCUCUUCCAACAGUUGAUGUCAGCAUUACAAAGCCCGAACUGAAAGCACCCGGGAUUGGCCUCUCCGCACCUGAAAUUCAGGUGCCCACAGGGCAGGCCUCCAUGGACGUUUCAGCUCCAGAACUGCACAUGGAGGGGCCGUCCGCUGAGAUUGCUGUGGAAACAGGCAAGGUGAAGCUCGAGGGAAUGGACAGCAAGUUCAAGAUGCCAAAGUUCCACAUGCCCAAGUUUGGAAUUUCACUUCCCAAAGGGAAAGAAGCUGCAGAGGGUGAAAUCACCCUACCUCCCGUGGAAGCUGAGCUCGCUAAACUGGAACUGGAGGCUGGAAUGGCAGUGCCAUCUGUCGCCGUUGAUGCAGACAUCCCAGGUCCAGCAGUUGAAAUUGAGGGACCGAGUGUGGAAGUUGGUGUGGCUGACAAGGGCAAGGUGGAAAUGCCUGAUCUUAAGAUGCCAAGUGUGAAAGUCCCCAAGCUGAAGUCACCUCAAGUGGGCAUCACACUGCCAAAGGCGGAAGCAGAUUUCUCCAUGCCAAAAGGAAAAAUAGAAGUGCCUGAUGUGGACAUUUCGGUCAAGAUGCCUGAGGCAGAAGGCAGUAUUGAGGGUGCUGGAAUGAAAAUUCACAUGCCCAAGUUCAAGAUGCCCAGCAUGGGUUUCUCCAAGUCCAAAAUCAAAGGGCCCAAGGUGGACGUAGACGUCAACCUCCCCAAAGUGGAUGCCACUCUUCCGGCAGUCGAUGUCAGCAUUGCAAAGCCCGAACUGAAAACAGGUGACCUUUCAACCGGGAUUGGCCUCUCCACACCUGACGUUCAGGUGCCCACAGGACAGGCCUCCAUGGAAGUUUCAGCUCCAGAACUACACAUGGAGGGGCCGUCCGCUGAGAUUGCUUUGGACACAGACAAGGUGAAGCUCGAAGGCAUGGACAGCAAGUUCAAGAUGCCAAAGUUCCAUAUGCCCAAGCUUGGAAUUUCAUUUCCCAAGGGGAAAGCAACUGCAGAAGGUGAAAUCACCCUACCCGCCGUGGAAGCUGAGCUUCCUGUGCCAGAACUGAAGGCCGACGUGGCACUGCCCUCUGUCACUGUUGAUGCAGACAUCCCAGUUCUAGCAGUUGAGAUUGACGCACCGACUGUGGAAGUUGGCGUGGCUGAAAAGGGCAAGGUGAAAAUGCCUGAUCUUAAGAUGCCAACUGGGAAAGUCCCCAAACUGAAGGCUCCUCAAGUGGGCGUCUCCCUGCCAAAGGUGGAAGCAGAUGUCUCCCUGCCAAGAGGAAAAAUAGAAGUCCCAGAGGUGGACGUCUCCGUCAAGGCACCUGAGGCAGAAGGCAGCAUUGACGGAGGUGGAAUGAAAAUCCACAUGCCCAAGUUCAAGAUGCCCAGCAUGGGUUUCUCGAAACCCGAAAUCAAAGGUCCCAAGGUGGAUGUCGAUUUCAACCUCCCCAAAGUGGAUGCCACUCCUCCAGCAGUCGACAUCAGCAUUACAAAGCCCAGCCUACAAACAGGUGACCUUGCAGCUGGAAUCGGCCUCUCCACACCUGACAUUCAGGUGCCCACAGAACAGGCCUUCGUGGAAGUCUCAGCUCCAGAACUACAUGUGGAGGGGCCGUCUGCUGAGAUUUCUCUGGACACAGACAAGGUGAAGCUCGAAGGUACGGGCAGCAAGUUCAAGAUGCCAAAGUUCCACAUGCCCAAGUUUGGAGUUUCACUUCCCAAAGGGAAAGCAGCUGCAGAAGGUGAAAUCACCCUACCCUCUGUGGAAGGUGAGCUCCUGAUGCCGGAACUGAAGACUGAAGUGGCGCUGCCCUCUGUCACUUUUGACACAGAUGUCCCGGUUCCAGCAGUUGGGAUUGAGGGACCGAGUGUGGAAGUUGGCAUGGCUGACAAGGGCAAGGUGAAAAUGCCGGAUCUUAAGAUGCCAAGUGUGAAUGUCCCCAAACUGAAGGCUCCUCAAGUGGGCGUCUCCCUGCCAAAGGUGGAAGCAGAUGUCUCCAUGCCAAAGGGAAAAAUGGAAGGGCCAGAGGUGGAUGUCUCCGUCAAGGCACCUGAGGCAGAAGGCAGUAUUGAGGGUGUUGGAAUGAAAAUUCACAUGCCCAAGUUCAAGAUGCCCAGCAUGGGUUUCUCCAAGUCCAAAAUCAAAGGGCCCAAGGUGGACGUAGACGCCCACCUCCCCAAAGUGGAUGCCACUCUUCCGACAGUCGAUGUCAGCAUUGCAAAGCCCGAACUGAAAACAGGUGACCUUUCAACCCGGAUUGGCCUCUCCGCACCUGACAUUCAGGUGCCCACAGGACAGGCCUCCAUGGAAGUUUCAGCUCCAGAACUACACAUGGAGGGGCCGUCCGCUGAGAUUGCUGUGGACACAGACAAGGUGAAGCUCGAAGGCAUGGACAGCAAGUUCAAGAUGCCAAAGUUCCACAUGCCCAAGUUUGGAGUUUCACUUCCCAAGGGGAAAGCAACUGCAGAAGGUGAAAUCACCCUACCCUCCGUGGAAGCUGAGCUUCCUGUGCCAGAACUGAAGACCGACGUGGCACUGCCCUCUGUCACUGUUGAUGCAGACAUCCCAGUUCUAGCAGUUGAGAUUGACGCACCGACUGUGGAAGUUGGCGUGGCUGAAAAGGGCAAGGUAAAAAUGCCUGAUCUUAAGAUGCCAACUGGGAAAGUCCCCAAACUGAAGGCUCCUCAAGUGGGCGUCUCCCUGCCAAAGGUGGAAGCAGAUGUCUCCCUGCCAAGAGGAAAAAUAGAAGUCCCAGAGGUGGACGUCUCCGUCAAGGCACCUGAGGCAGAAGGCAGCAUUGACGGAGGUGGAAUGAAAAUCCACAUGCCCAAGUUCAAGAUGCCCAGCAUGGGUUUCUCGAAAGCCGAAAUCAAAGGUCCCAAGGUGGAUGUCGACCUCAACCUCCCCAAAGUGGAUGCCACUCCUCCAGCAGUCGAUGUCAGCAUUACAAAGCCCAGCCUAAAAACAGGUGACUUUGCAGCUGGAAUCGGCCUCUCCACACCUGACAUUCAGGUGCCCACAGAACAGGCCUUCGUGGAAGUCUCAGCUCCAGAACUAUACAUAGAGGGGCCAUCUGCUGACAUUGCUCUGGACGCAGACAAGGUGAAGCUUGAAGGCAUGGACAGCAAGUUCAAGAUGCCAAAGUUCCACAUGCCCAAGUUUGGAGUUUCACUUCCCAAGGGGAAAGCAGCUGCAGAAGGUGAAAUCACCCUACCCUCUGUGGAAGGUGAGCUCCCUAAGCCAGAACUGAAGGCUGAAGUGGUGCUGCCCUCUGUCACUGUUGAUGCAGACGGCACGGUUCCAGCAGUUGAGAUUGAGGGACCGAGUGUGGAAGUUGGCGUGGCUGAAAAGGGCAAGGUGAAAAUGCCUGAUCUUAAGAUGCCAAGUGUGAAAGUCCCGGAACUGAAGACUCCUCAAGUGGGCGUCACCAUGCCAAAGGUGGAAGCAGAUGUCUCCAUGCCAAAAGGAAAAAUAGAAGUGCCAGAGGUGGACGCCUCCGUCAAGGUGCCUGAGGCAGAAGGCAGCAUUGAGGGAUCUGGAAUGAAAAUCCACAUGCCCAAGUUCAAGAUGCCCAGCAUGGGUUUCUCUAAGUCCAAAAUCAAAGGGCCCAAGGUGGACAUAGACGCCCACCUCCCCAAAGUGGAUGCCACUCUUCCGGCAGUCGAUGUCAGCAUUACAAAGCCUGAACUGAAAACUGGUGACCUUUCAGCCGGGAUUGGCCUCUCCGCACCUGACAUUCAGGUGCCAACAGGACAGGCCUCCGGGGAAGUCUCAGCUCCAGAACUACACGUGGAGGGGCUGUCUGCUGAGAUUUCUCUGGACACAGACAAGGUGAAGCUCGAGGGAAUGGACAGCAAGUUCAAGAUGCCAAAGUUCCAUAUGCCCAAGCUUGGAAUUUCACUUCCCAAAGGGAAAGCAGCUGCAGAAGGUGAAAUCACCCUACCCUCCGUGGAAGGUGAGCUCCCUAUGCCAGAACUGAAGGCUGAAGUGGUGCUGCCCUCUGUCGCUGUUGAUGCAGACAUCCGGGUUCCAGCAGUUGAGAUUGAGGGACCGAGUGUGGAAGUUGGCGUGGCUGAAAAGGGCAAGGUGAAAAUGCCUGAUCUUAAGAUGCCAACUGGGAAAGUCCCCAAACUGAAGGCUCCUCAAGUGGGCGUCUCCCUGCCAAAGGUGGAAGCAGAUGUCUCCAUGCCAAAGGGAAAAAUAGAAGUCCCAGAGGUGGACGUCUCCAUCAAGGCACCUGAGACAGAAGGCAGUAUCGAUGGCACCGGAAUGAAAAUCCACAUGUCCAAGUUCAAGAUGCCCAGCAUGGGAUUCUCCAAACCCGAAAUCAAAGGACCCAAAGUGGAUGUUGACGUCCACCUCCCCAAAGUGGAUGCCACUCUUCCGGCAGUCGAUGUCAGCAUUGCAAAGCCCGAACUGAAAACAGGUGACCUUUCAACCGGGAUUGGCCUCUCCGCACCUGACAUUCAGGUGCCCACAGGACAGGCCUCCGUGGAAGUCUCAGCUCCAGAACUACAUGUGGAGGGGCCUUCUGCUGAGAUUUCUCUGGACACAGACAAGGUGAAGCUCGAAGGCAUGGACAGCAAGUUCAAGAUGCCUAAGUUCCACAUGCCCAAAUUUGGAGUUUCCCUUCCCAAAGGGAAAGCAGCUGCAGAAAGCGAGAUCACUAUUACCUCCAUGGAUGGUGAGCUCUCCACGCCAGAACUGAAGGCCGAAGUGGCGCUGCCCUCUGUUGCCAUUGAUGCUGAUAUUAAGGGGGACCCUUCUGUUGUUGACAGUGAAUCAUCAGUGUGGAAGAUCUCUAUGCCCUCGUUUAAGAAAUCUAAGAUGUCUAAAGGUGAUAUUAAAACACCAAAGCUGGACAUUGGCCUCCCAAUCAUGGAUGCUGAAGUUUGUAAAGCAGAGAUAGAUUUGCCGUGCUCUGAUGAUGCUGAUGAUGGUGGUGAUUUGGAUGUGCACUGGGGAGAUGGUUCUUUAUCUUCACAAAAUCUGGCUAAGAAGAAAGGUAGUAAGUUUAAAAUGCCUAAAUUUAACAUACCAUCUUUUGGCAAGUCCAGCUCUUACAAGACUGGUAUUAUGACUGAACCACCUGAUUUGUUGGUUUCUCCUGCUGGAAUUGAUGGUGAUGUAGUUUUGUCUGGAAUUGGAACUAUUAGUCCACCCGUGGAAAUUGAUAGUCAGUCAUCUGCUUGUGGAGCAGGAGACCUAUCCCAAGGAAUUAUUCCUGAAAGCACCAUGGAUGUUCCUGAAUCUCAUGGUCGUUUAGGGGGGAUAAGUGUUACCUUGCCUAGAUUUCAUCUUCCUAAUCUGGGUUUUUCAAAGGUGGAGGUAACUCCUAAAAUUGAUGUCAGUGAAAAUAUAGCAGAUAAGGAUGUCACUCUUACCAGUUAUCAUAUGACUUCUCAAGAAUCAGAACAGGAACUUGGAGAUGAAGUUGUAAAUUUGCCAGAAGUGGAAAGUAAAUCUGAAAUGACUAUCCAUGGUCCAAAUAUAGAAGCUGAAGGCAUGUCAGCUGAUAUUGUUUCCAGUGCAGCUGAAAUUAGUGUUGAUGGUUCAAAGGGGAAGAGUAAAAUGCCAAGAUUUCAAAUGCCAAAGUUUGGAUCAUCACGAGUUAAAGUGCCAGAGAGUAAAAUUAGUGUACGCCAAGUUGCAACUGACAUUCCUGACAUAGAUACUGAUGUGCAAGUUUUGGAUAUCAAAAAAUCUGAAAUUCUUGAUGUAGAGGCAGAUGUUUCAGGCCUAAAAAUGGAAAUUACAUCAGUUAAGGGCCCUCAAAUCCUAAGGGCUGAUACUAAAACAUCACAGAUAGAUGUUGUCUUUCCUUCAGUACCAGAAUCAAGGAUUGAUAUCCAGGGACCAGAUUUAGAUAGCAAAGAUAUAAUACGUGAAAGUGAUGAAAAGGAUACUCUAGAAAAAGAAAGUAAAUUUAGGAUGCCAAAAUUCAAGCUACCAUCAUUCAGCUGGUCUCCGAAAAAAGAAGCAAGUGUUUCCACUGAUACUGAUGUGAACUUUGAAGAACCCUCAGUUUCACUUUCAACAAGUGAAAUAGAAUCUGAAUUAACACUCACUGUAGAGGAUGUUGAAGGCCAAACAGAAGAAUUGGAGGUUCAUAUGUCUAUUGAUAAAGAUAGUGAGAGAACCAGAAGGCCUCAGUUUAGCAUGCCUAAAAUAUCCCUUCCAAAAAUGAAAGGCCAUAAAGCUGACAUUUCAAUGUCACAAGUGGACACUGACAUGGCCAUGUCUACCUCUGAGGAAGCAGGGGACAUUUCACCACAAAUAUCAGAAAAAGACAUCAGUAGUGGUGAUGCUAGAAGAGGCAUUAAAAUGCCCAAAGUUAAACUUCCAAGUGUAGAGCUUUCCAAACCAGAAAUUAAAGCUCCCAAAGUGGACAUGGAAUCCAGCUUAACUAAAAGUGAUACCAAAGUUCCUACACUUGAUGACAGUUUUUCAAAAGCAGAAUUAAAAAUAACUGAUGUUGCUGAUGAGAUUAAUAAAUCCACAGGAGAAAUUAAGGUCCCUACAGUGAAAGGCCUAGAAAUAAAAGUGGAAGGACCAUCCACUGAAGUAUCUGUAGAUGGAUCAGAGAUUAAAACUGAAUGUGUAGAUGGAAAGAUAAAAAGGCCAAAAUUCCAAAUGCCUAAAUUUGGAAUUUCAUUUUCUAAGGGUAAAGUUCCGGACACUGAUGUUAAUUUACCAUCUGAGGACACUGAUACUGCCCAGCUGAAAACUACCACAGAUAUUGCCGAUAUUGCUGUGGAAGCUCCAACAUUUGAAGCAGAGUAUGAUAUUGUUGAUACAGAAAAAACUAUUGUGGAAGGGAAAAUUAAGAUGCCCCAGAUUCCUAGUGCUGACAUCAAGACUCCAGCACUGGACCUAAAAUUCCCUUCAGUUGGCUUUUCUGUGACACAGCCACAGCAAGAGACUCAAGAGUCAGAUGCUAAAGCUGAAGAAGCAAAAUUAGAGAAAACAAUGAAGAGUGGAAGUUUAGAUUCAGAAGAGAAGGAAAGCCAUUUCAAAAUGCCAAAAUUCAAAUUGCCAUCAUUUAAUUGGUCCCCUAAAAAAGAAGCAAGCCUUAAAACCAAUAUAAAAGAACCUCUGGAGGAACCUAAUCUAAAUAUAUUGUUGGAUGAUACUGAUAUCGAAGCAAAAGUGAUUCUACCAGAAGAUCAAGAAAUCCACAUGGAACAAGAUAUCGAAACAUCCACAAAAAAGGGGCAGGUGAAAAGGCCUCAUUUUACUAUGCCCAAAAUUUCCCUUUCUCGGACAAAACUUCCAAAAUCACAAGGCAGCCUUCCUAAAGUAGAGGCUGAUAUUACCAUGGAAAGAGAUGGAGCUUUGGUACAAAUACCGGACAUAGAAAGUAGUUUUACCACAAGAAAAGAAGAUGAAACUGAAAUAAGCAUUAAAAUGUCAAAGGGCAUAUCAAAAGUAGAAGUCAAAUCUCCCCAAAUAGAUACAAAUGUUAACUUACCAAAACCUGAUAUUAAGGUGCCCAUAAUCAGUAGUUCAUUUGAGCAGAAGAGUUCAGAAAAAGAAUUUGAAGAUGAAAUUGAUAUGGAUAAUGCAAGUACAAAAAAGGAUGGCAUGGAGGGAAAGAUUAGAAUGCCAAAACUCCAAAUGCCAAAGUUUGAAAUUUCAGUUUCUGAAUGGAAAUUGCCAGAGAGUGGCAUCACUCUACCAAAAAUGGAAGCUGAAGUUUCCCAGCUACAAGUGACAACAGAAAUAGAGAGACUUGAUGGAGAAGCCCCAACCUCAGAAGCUGAAAGCAUUAAUGCAGAAAUGAAGGUUUCAACUGAAAAAAAUAAAAUGACACAAGCGCCUGGAGUCGAAAUUGAAGUACCUGGCAUGUCUGUUUGCAGCACUGAUGAGAAGGAUAUAAAAGUACAAGGAGAACACAAAACAAUGUCUGGAGAAAUUCAGACCGAGGAGUCUCAGGGUUGGUUUAAAAUGCCAAAGUUCAGGAUGCCUUCAUUUGGUCGAUCAUCCUCAAAAGGGAAAAAAGGUGAUGCUGAAGUUGAAAGCAGCACUGGAAAAGCUCCUGUCGCAGAAGGAGAAAGUGAAACAAAAGGUCUUGAAACUGUAAUCCAGUCUUCCCAUGUAGAUAUAGGAUCACAUUUUGAAAAGGAUGUUUUAGAAGGCAAAGUCAUGUUUCCUCAAGAAGAGAUUACAGAAGGUGGCAUAUCAGUACUGAAAGAAAAGGUAUCUGGCUUAGGUAUAUUAGAGAGUGAAGGCCGUCUUUCAGAAGCCCCAGGAAAAGCAGACAGUAAAUUAAGUGCCCUGGGGUUUAAAACAUAUGCUGACGUAGUCAAACAUGGUGCUGAAGGAGAGAGUUUACAAAUGCAUACACCCAUUUUAUCUGUCCCUACAUCAGAAAACAAUGUACCAAAAAUGGAUGUUAAUAUCACUCUCCCUAAAUGUGAGGUGACACUUCAAGGACACAAAGCCAAAUUAGACAGCAUAACAGUGGUUGAGGCAUCAUCAACUGAAAUGACUGUGGACAAAACAGAGAAGAAAAUUGAUGCUGAUGUUGGUGAAGCACAGGCAGUUAUGCAAGACUCCGAUACAGUAGCAAAAACUGAAAAAACAGAGAAACAACUGAAAUUACAAAGAAAGGAUACCCAAGGAAAAGAAAGCAUAUUCAAAAUGCCAAAGUUUGGCAUGCCUUCGUUUGGGUGGUCCACCACAAAGAGCACUGGCAAUGUUGCUGAUGUGAUAUCUGGGCUGGAAGAGUCUGAUGUUGUCCCUUCAGAAGUUAAAAUGGAUGAUUCAGUUGCUGAUGAAGACUUUGAAAUAAUAGACUUCCCAUCCGAAGGCUUUGAAAAAGAUGCAUCCACCGAAAGUGAAAUGAAGGCAGAAGAGAGAGAUGGCUCAAGUAAAACGAAAGCAUCCAAAUUCAAGAUGCCAAAGUUUGGCAGUCUACAUAGCAAAUCACGGGGUUCAGACAUCCAUGCUGAUGCACCAAAGAUAGAGACUGAGGUGUCAAUAUCAAAAACUGAAGGAGAGAGAUUCAAAACCGAAGCUCUUCAAAAAGCAGAAGGGUCUGUUGAUGUAAAGAGUCUAACAUUAGAUUUUACAGGAAAACCAGUAGACCUCAUGGACAAACAGUUUGAGGAUUCAGAACUACGUUUUCAAAUUCCCAAAUUUAAAAUGCCCAAAUUCACACAUAGCACAUCUGAAGCUGAAGGACAACUUGUGAUUUCAGAAGGAGCAACAGAUAUGAAAUGUGCUGCUACUGAUCCUGAUGGUGCACCUCAAUCAGAAUUCAGAACUACAUUCCUUGAAGAGAAAGCAGAAGAUUCAGGUUAUAAUAUCCAGAAAUCUAAAGUCAGGAUUACAACACUAUCUGAACCUGCCAUUCAAAGAGCACAAAUGGACUCUGGAGACUCUUCUUUUAUAGAGAAAACAGUACACAUACCGAGGCCAGUGGAAUUCAGCACUGCAUUUCCUGCAGGUAACAUAGACGCCAUGGAUGGUAAAAUCCAGAAGUCAAUAGCUAAAAUUACAACACUGACUGAACCAGACAUUCAGACAACACAAUUUGAGAUUAAACUCCCAUCAGUUGAUUCAUUUGUUCCAAGUACACCAAUGCAUGCUCAACAACAAUACCUUGAGCAUAAAGAAGUAAAGAUACAAGGUAAAUCCUCAUUUGGAUAUGAUGAUGCUGCAGUUCAGGAGUCUUUCUCCACCGAGAUAGUAAGAGAAUCUGAGAUUCCUCCUUCAGAAGUAAAAAGUGCCACCUAUGGGUUUUCCCUUCUCAAAGUGAAAAUACAGGAAUCUCAUGUGAAUUUAGAUAUACCAGUUAAACUAUCUUCUACAGAAUAUAUGAGUGAAACAUUUGAAAGUAAAGAUCACCAAUCAUCAGAUGAAAGCCCCAAAAAAAGCAAUAGAAAAGACUGGUUUUACAAAAUUAACAUUAUCUGACAAAGGCGAAGAACUAAUUGUCACUGAAGGAGCUUCUUCCACUACUACACUGACAAAGCUAAAAGCAUUUACAGUGGAAGUGGAAUCUUCCAGUGACUUUGCAGAGAGUCAUUCAGAUACACAGCCAAGAGAGACGUCUGAAUCU